CUACACCCCCGCUGCACCCCCUCUCCUCUCCCUCCUUUCCUUUUAUUCCCGGCCCCACCUGCCAAAAUGAACAGCUCGGAAGAGGAGAAGCAGCUGCAGCUCAUCUCCAGCCUGAAGGAGCAAGCGAUAGGUGAAUAUGAAGACCUUAGAGCAGAGAACCAGAAGACAAAGGAGAAGUGUGACAAAAUUAGGCAAGAACGAGAUGAAGCAGUUAAAAAACUGGAGGAAUUUCAGAAAAUUUCUCACAUGGUUAUAGAGGAAGUGAAUUUUAUGCAGAACCAUCUUGAAAUAGAGAAGACUUGUCGAGAAAGUGCUGAAGCUUUGGCAACAAAGUUAAAUAAAGAAAAUAAAGCAUUGAAAAGAAUCAGCAUGUUAUACAUGGCCAAGCUGGGGCCCGAUGUAAUAACUGAGGAGAUUAACAUUGACGAUGAAGAUUCAGCGAUGGACCCAGAGGAUGUUGCCAAGACUUGUGUCUCAGUAGAGUGUCAGAAGCAGAUCAAAGAACUUCGAGAUCAAAUUGUAUCCGUUCAGGAGGAAAAGAAGAUAUUAGCCAUCGAACUGGAAAAUCUCAAGAGCCGACUUGUAGAAGUAACAGAAGAAGUAAAUAAAGUUAAACAAGAAAAAGAUGUUUUAAACUCGGAAGUUCUUGAACAGAGAAAAGUCUUAGAAAAAUGCAAUAGAGUGUCCAUGCUAGCAGUAGAAGAAUAUGAGGAAAUGCAGGUGAACUUGGAGCUGGAGAAGGACCUUCGAAAGAAAGCAGAGUCGUUUGCACAAGAGAUGUUUAUCGAACAGAACAAGCUAAAGAGACAAAGCCACCUUCUACUACAGAGCUCUGCUCCUGACCGGCAGCUUUUGAACGCAUUAGAUGAAAAUGCAAAACUCGUCCAGCUCCUUGAAAAAGAGAGAAUUCAGCAUCAAGAAAAGGUCAAAGAACUAGAAGAGCAGCUACAGAACGAAACUCUCCACAAGGAGAUUCACAGUCUCAAACAACAACUGGAGCUUCUCGAAGAAGAUAAAAAAGAACUGGAACUGAAAUAUCAGAAUUCUGAGGAGAAAGCUAGAAAUUUAAAGCAUUCUGUUGAUGAACUCCAGAAGCGGGUGAACCAGUCUGAGAAUUCAGUGCCUCCACCACCGCCUCCUCCCCCACCGCCUCCUCCCCCUCCUCCCCCCAAUCCUAUCCGAUCCCUCAUGUCCAUGAUCCGGAAGCGAUCCCACUCCAGCAGUGGUGGUGCCAAGAAAGAAAAGGCGGCUCAACCAGAAACAACUGAAGAAGUCACAGACCUGAAGCGGCAAGCAGUUGAAGAGAUGAUGGACAGAAUUAAAAAGGGAGUUCAUCUCAGGCCGGUCAAUCAGACGGCUAGGCCCAAUGCAAAGCCAGAAUCUGCAAAAGGCUCUGAAAGUGCAGUGAAUGAACUAAAAGGAAUGCUGGGGACACUUAACACAUCCACUAGUUCAAGAAGCUUAAAAUCCCUUCACACUGAAAACAGUGAAACUGAGUUAGAAAGGAUUUUGCGCCGCAGAAAGUUGACAACAGAAGCAGAUAGCAGUAGUCCAACUGGAAUAUUAGCCACCUCAGAGUCCAAAUCCAUGCCCGUGUUGGGUUCUGUAUCCAGUGUAACAAAAACAGCCUUGAACAAGAAAACUCUGGAGGCAGAAUUCAACAGCCCGCCCCCCCCAACACCUGAGCCAGGUGAAGGGUCGUGUAAAUGGGAAGGAUGCUCAAGUUCCAAGGUUACAUUUCAGCCUCCCAGUAACACUGGAUACAGGAAACAAUACAUUGGCAGUGGAAAACAAGCCAAACCAGUUGUAGUUUUAGAUCCUGUUUCCACACACGAACCCCAAACCAAAGACCAGGUCGCUGAAAAAGAUCCAGCUCAACCCAAGGAUGAUGAAGGUGAAACUAAACCAGGAUACAAACAGAAAGUGAGAGAUACCAACAGCUCCAACUGCUGAUCCACAAGCUGAAGGCUGGCGUGUUCCGAAGUCCUUUUGCAAUGAGCACAUGAUUAGUCUUGGUGUAUUGGCAAGGGCUAUGGACACUCUGUUCUUGUCACUGUAUUCAGAAUAUAGGUUCUUUUCUGAUGUCACUUUUGUAAGUAGUUCACCUAUAAAUAUAAGUAAGCUAUUUAGCAAAAUACACAUUCUUUGUAGCUUUUUUUUGUUCAUAGGGAUAAGAUUUUUUUCUAAUUUCUGUAUUAAAUGUGACUUCUUUUUGAAGAUAACAGAAAAUUCAGAUGUUAUCUUCUUAGGUAAUGUGUGUACCGCUAAUCAAAUGUAAUGAUGAAAGGUUGCAGCACUUGUGUAUAAUUGGAUAAACAGAACUGACUAGCUUAAUAAGGUGAUUUUUAAAAAAAACCCAGAGAAGCUUCUGUUUUGCAUAUCUGAUCCUUUUUUUUUUUUUUGAUGGAGAAACUUCAGUAGCAUGGAAAUUGUUAGGCACUGUGGUAUACAAAUUACUUUCUAGGAUAUACUGAGAUAAGCUUAAAAUUUCAGGAGCUAAUGUCAAGCUAGCAGUCCCAUCAAGGCAUCUGGCUCCACUGAAGUGAAGUCGCUCAGUCAUGUCUGACUCUUUGCAACCCCAUGGACUGUAGGCCACUAGGCCCCUCUGUCCAUGGGAUUUUCCAGGCAAGAGUACUAGAGUGGGUUGCCAUUUCCUUCUCCAGGGGAUCUUCCCGACCCAGGGAUCGAACUUGGGUCUCCUGCAUUGCAGGCAUACGCUUUACCGUCUGAGCCACCAGGGAAGCCCCAUACUCAGUGUUAAUUACACACAUUAUUAACUAUGGGAUGAUUGUGUUCAAAGCCUCCCGAAGACUUUGGAGGGAAUGCUCUAGUGACCUGAAUGCAGAAUUGAGGUGAAGUCCAAAGCUUGAAUUUAAUAGAGUAUUAUCUUGGUAAACAGUGUGUUCAGUGCUAUGAGUCAAUUGUGUUUUCUCAUGUACUCGUGCGGCACAAGUACCAUAUUUUAUCACAGUUCUUAUAUACAGUGAAGAUAAGUGACAAGCAUACAAUUUCUUGCUUCACUGCUGUUUUACAUUACACAAGUUUGUUGUUUUGUUUUGUUUUGUUUUUAAGGAAAUUAGGUGGUAGUUAGUCUCUAAAUUAAAUACAAUGCUUCAGUCUACCACAGUGAAUAAAGAAAUGUAAUCAGGGAUUUUAAAAAAAAGACUUAUGCAGCUUUUCAAAGUUGAUUGUUUCAAAAUUGGUGUUUAUUUAAAAUAAGUGGUAAGGUACUUGAAUGCAUUUUCUUAUGACAAUGAUUCAGUAAUGGUAAUUUUACUAUUAAAGAAAGUGAAAGGGUUAGUUUUGUUAGCAUAGCUCAGCAUGAAGCUGUCAGGUGCUUCUCACCUAAGGGCGGAAGAAAAUGAUAGUAAUAAUUGCAGUAGUUGUAUUUUAUUUUUGCACGUAUGCUAAACAUAGGCUUGAAAAGGUGGUUAGGCAGGUAAAUGUACUUCCUAAAUUUGGAGAUAAUUAUCUUUCUGUAGGUUCGUUAGGCUUGGCUGUUUCCAUGUUUCUUCCAGUGAUGUUUUUACAGUUACUUAUCCGUUCACUCAUAGGGAAUUAAAAUGUAAUGUUUUUCAACUGUGACUUCCCCUGAUUGAACAAUACUGCUGUAUGAUAUACAAAUUACAAACUGCAUUAAUUCACUGAAAAUAAGGUCUGUUAUGCUGUGAUUUGAACUCUCCUCAGCACAUUUAUUAAAAAGCACCAAUAGUUUCCCACUAAAGGUCACUUGUGGCUAUUGAUAUUUUUGGUUUAGUUCCCCACACUUGACAUCCUUUAAUAAAAUAAUUGUAUAAGA